AUGAAAUAAAAUUUUAAUGGAUGUGAUUAUCCUUUCUAUUCUGAUGAUAGCGAUUGGAAUUAAAGACUUAGGAAUUUAAAUGGUGACAUAGUCAUUAUUUAACCACCAUUUCACCUAGUAAUUGAUGCAACUUAAGGUUUUCACAACAAUAUAGGCUAUUGUGGAGGAGUACCAGCUUCUUGUAACAACCCCAGGUAAUAGGAGAAUCAAGCAACUUUAUAAAGUCUAAUAAACAUGUUUAGUUAACAAGAUAUUUUCCAAGAUCUGAAAUAUCACAUUAUUCUCCUUCAAAGAUUAAUAGAGAGCGAGGGGAUAGAAUAAUUAAAAAAAGUAGGGUAGUGGUUAAACUCAAAAGAAAAUAUUUAUAGCUUAUCAAAUCAAGGUAAGCUGAAUCAAACUCAAAUUGAGAUUAUUGAGACAGCUAUUGGCAAUCUUUUAUUAUGCGUACUAAAGUCGCCAAUCCAUUAAGCUUUUAAUUUACUCUAAUUUACUCAAAAUUUAUUUCAAGUUCUAUUUUAACAAUUUAAGAUCUUUAAUUGUUAUACAAUGAAAAAUUUGCACAAAUUUUCGGAUAAUUUAGAAUUAAUCAAGGAAAAAUAUCAACAUGAAAAAGGCUUAGAUGUACUUUUUGAAUAUUAAUUGUAAUUGAUGAAAGAUGCUAUUAAUUAUUAGUAAGAUGGAAAUGUAAAGAUUUUAGAGAAAUUUAUUUAUGAAUAAAAUAAAUAUUAAAAUUAAAAUGAGUUGAUUUUUAAAUUAUUUUAAGAUGCUAAUAAUUUAUUACUAGAUAAUAACAAUAAGGAAUAUGAUAAAUACUACUUCUUUCAAUAGUUAAAGUUGACAAUAAUAAGAAUGAUAACAAGUUUGGAGUGUGUUGAUGUCAAAUAGAUUGUUAAAUAACUGUAGAAAGGAUAUCAAUUAUGUAUUCAAAAUAAUUAAAAUUGGAAGGUAUAAUUAGGAUUUCUACAAAUUCUGCUUGAGUUAAUAUCUUUAGAGAAUUACUUUACAAAUGAUGUAUAAAAGGAUUUAUUGAUUGGACUCUUUAAUGAGCUAUCUAGUCAAUUGAUAAAAUUCUAAAUUUAAGAAAACAUUAAUAUCUGGGAACAUUAUAUUAAGACUAAAUGCACAUCAUCCAUUAAAUGUUAUUUGGCAUUUUGUUUGACAAUAAAUAAAAAUUAAUAAGAACAAAAAGACAUUAAAUUAACUUGUAUAGAGUUAAUUAGUUUAUUCUUAAAUUGUGAACAGGAUGAGAAUGCUAGAAUGAUCUUGUAAAAUGAAAAGAUUUAAGGUAUUUAGGAGAAUUCCCAGGAAAUAUAAGAAUCCUAUUAACUACUUAAACCAUAUAAAUUGCCAUUAAAAAAUCUCAGAUAAAAGCUAUAAGAGGAAUUUAUUUUUAAUUAAUAAAACUAGAUUUAUAUCAACAUUCCUUUAAAAGUCUCAAGAGAAAUCAAUCAUUAUUAACAAAACUCUUAAUAAAACUCAGAUAAGUCCAUUUAUUUAUUUAAGGAAGUCGCCUCUUUUGAAGCUGAAUAAGUAAAGACUUAUGAAGUUAAUGAUUUUCUUUGGAGAGAGAACAACAACAGUGAUCUUCUUUUGGUUUAAGGAAUGGCAGGAUCGGGUAAGAGUAGCUUUUUAAAGUAAUUGUAAUUGUUUUUAAUAAAACACUAUGAAUCAAUUUCAAAGUAAAAAAAAUGGGUUCCUAUCUUAAUCCGUUUGGCUAAUUUAGAAGAAUCCAAUCAAGUCCUUUGGAGCUAACUCUUAAAUGCAGGUGGAAUCUUCUUCAAUGAUGAACAAAUUAAAAGUUUUACUGAUGAUAUACAGAAUGGGGAACUGAACAUUGUUAUACUAUUUGAUGGGUUAGAUGAAAUGAGAUAUUAAAUCUAUGAAAAGUAUAUAUUGUGUACAAAAAAUCAUUUUGAAAAAUAACUCGGUAAUAAUGUAAAAAUAAUAACGACAAGCUCAGAAUCUUUUAUAUCUAAGAAAUAAAUAGUGUAGAGUUAUAAUCUGUUGACUGAAAUUCAAAUACAAAUAUUUGAUGAUCUGUGUAUUGAGGAAUACCUUAAAUAAUACUAAAGGGAAGUUGUACGAUUAAAAUUAUAUAGGAUUUAAGGAUAACAAUAAUAGGAUGCAUAUCAAUUUUCUGAAUUAUGGGCUGCUUACUUUCUUGAUGAAGUCAAUGCUCUUGUAGAAAAAACUAGUAAUCAUGAAUUAAUUUUUGCUGAUGAACUCAUCGAUAGUAUGUAGCCUAAGAUAUAAAGAAAUUUCUAAAAUAUAUUAGAAGAUCAUUUAUCUGAAUUAAAGAAUGAUCUCAAAACAAUAUAAAGCACAGGAGAAUUAAUGAAAAAAUUGAACAAUAAUUAAAACAAGAAUUUGACUUAUACUCCUUUAACACUAAAACUUGUUUUAUAACUCUUGUCAGAUAUAGAUAAAAAGGUGCACAAAAAGAAACUAGAAAAAAUGUUUAACAUUGCACUAUAAAAAUUAAAGAUUGAAUAAAUUAAAUCUAUUGAUUAAAAGGAAAAAGAAAAUAUGUAAGACUAUAGUGAAUACGUUAAUAAUUUAAUGAUUGCGUUAAGAGAGAAGAAAUAUUUUGAUAAUUUUUCAUUUGAAAAUUUAAGCGAUGAAUUUUCAGAAGUGGAAUAAAGUCUUAUUAAAUAGGCUGCAAACCAAACUUAAUUUACUUAAUAUCAAUUUUACAAAUUAUUUGUAACCUCAUAUCAUCAAAGGUAAAUGAAACAAGAAGAGAACUAAAAAAAGCUUAACUUUAGUCAAGAAUUUUCAAAAAAUCUAAAUAAGUUCUAAAUGUUAUUAGCUGUUCAAAUGAUUAAAAAGCAACCCCCUUAAUUAGACAAAAAAGAAAUUUAGAAUAUUUUGACAAUCUAUUUUACUCAUGAUCCUCAUAAUUACCUAUUAAUAAAGUUAAGCCUCCUUAAUAAGCUUGAUAAUGAUUGCUACACAUUUGUCAAUUAAUCAAUUUUAGAGUACUUUGUGGGAAAAUAUAUUUUAAAAUUAAUAAAGGAUUUUUCAAAAGAUUUCAAAAAAAAACUAUUUGAGAAAGAUAUUGAGUCAAGUUAAUUUAAUUAGGAUGAAUUCAAUUUAUCUCUUGAUUAAUUUUAACAGGUGUUAAUUAAUAUAACACCUGAAUUGUAAAAUUAGAAAGAUAUCAAAUAAACCUUGAUAAAAAUAUUAUUGCUAUCAAGAAAUGAAAUAUUUAUCAGAGCAGGUUCUAAUAGCAUAUUAUUGAUCAAUAUGUUGGGAUUUGAACUAAUAAACGAAGAUCUAAGAGGAAUUAAAUUAAACAAAACUAAUCUUUCCGGCCUUAAUUUCUUUGGAAGUAAUUUGGAUUAAUCCAUGUUUAAAGAAGUAAGUAUCAAUUAUUGCAAUUUUAAUAAUACCAGUUUGUAAAGAGUAAUAUGGACUGAAAUUCCUUGGAAUAAUUUUGUAGAUUUCAAAAACUAAAAUUAAGCACCUGUAAUUUUAACAAGACCUUUAACAAAUAAUUCAUACUUAAUUUCUUAAGAUAAGUAGUCAGUUAAGUUAUGGAAUCUGCAAACUUAAAAAAUACAUAAGAUAAUAAAUGAGAAUUUAAAUGUUAGAAUUUUUAAUUUUUCAUCUGAUUCAACUAAAUUGUUGGUUGACUUUUUAUGGUUUUAUCAAAUUUACCAUCUUAAUAAAAAUGAUAUAAGGUUAGUAGCAACUAUUCCAUAGCCUAGCUUCUAUAACAGGGCUAACGCAUUUUUAUCCUCUUUUUAUGAUAGAGAAGACAAAUUACUUUUUCGUGAAGCUGGUUUGUACGGAGAGUGGUAUACCUAUAAUUUAAAAAAUGUCAUCUAAUCCAAACCAGAAUGGAUUAAAUCAACAAUCUUUGAUAAAUCAACGAAAUUCUCAUGUGUUAAGCCAAUGUCCUAUGGCGAAACACUUAUAGGAUACUAAAAUGGAGAAAUAAUUAUAUGGGAUAUUAGAUAAAUAAUGUUAAUAUCAAAAAAUGAUCACUAAAGUGCAAUAAAAUCACUUUCUGAAAAAACAUUGAGAUUCAAACCAAACAACUAAGAAUAUUUUACAAUUCCAGGUUUUGUUUCUUUACUCAUAUCCACUAGUGAAGAGUAAGUAAUUGUAUGGCUAAGAACUUAGGAUAGAUAUGAAAGAGUUAAUGCAUUAUCGUCAAAAAAAAAGGUUAAUGGUUAAUUGCCAAGGUUUUUAAAUUUUAGCUAAGGGGAAAAUCCUAAUCUAUAACAACAAUCUAAUAAGGAAGACUAUUUGGUUUCCAUUCGAAACGAAUAUAUCAUAUUCCAUGAUAUAAGUAAAAUUAUUGAAUUAAAUGACGACAUAAUAAUGAGGGAUGUUUAUUGCAUGGCCAUUUAGGAAUGGACUAUGAAUUAAUGGUAACAGCAACAAAUAAAAAUUCACCAAUUAUUUGUUGCUAGGGGUAACUUUAUUGAGGUUUAUGAAAAUUAUCCAAACUGUAAAGAUAGAAUACCGCUACAAUCUUGUCAACCUUUGUCUAUGUAUUUUUGUUCCAAUUAAUACAUGGUUUCAUAUAACCAAGAUAAAACGAUUAGGUUUUGGUAUAUAUAAAAUAACAUCAUGGGAAUGCAGAUGGUGAAUCAAAUGGAUUCCUUCAUGAUGGAGAAUCAAUUUAAUCAAAGCCAUCUUAUUAGGGGAUCUAUCAACGGAUAUGUGUAAAACUUAAGAUAAUCAUAUAAAUGGAUAGUAGUAGAUUAAACCAUAAAAAUUGCUGUUUAGCAGAAUAAGUAACAGGUAAAUAUUUACAAUGUAUAAAUAUAACGAGAUGGAAUAUAAUAUGAUCAGGGCCCAGAAUAACGAUGUUUAAAAGAUUAAACUAUUGGUUGUUUUGCUCUCUUUGGUAAUGGAGAAUAAAUCUGCUUAGGCAUUAACAAUCUUAUAGAGAUUAGAGAUUUAAAAAAUAAUUAAACAAUAACGUUAUAAGAGAUACAUACUUAAGACAUUUAUUAAGUUCUGUUUAAUGAGAAUGAAUCAUUGCUAGUUUCUUGUAGUUAUGAUAAUUCGAUUGUAAUAUGGAAUACUGAUAACCUUAAUCAAAAUUAUUGCAUAAAGAAUUUAAAAUGCCUUGACAUAGUAUUUGAAUCAACUUUAGAGCUCGUAGUUUAGACUGAAAAUUCAAUCAUUUGGUAUAAAAUCUUAUAUGAUUUCACUGCUUAAAUUAUUAGAUUUCUCGAUUCUUAAGAAAUUAAUAGUUUAACAUAAUAAAUGGCUGUUGUUCAACUCUUCAAGAUAGUAGGAGAAAAUCAAAAUUUAAAUCUAAAUUAAAAUUAAAAAUAAUUCUAAUACUUGGCAAUUAAAUAAGGAAAUAACAUAAUACUUAAAAAUUUCUAAAAAGGAGAUUAAACUAAAGUUGCUACUUUUAACGAACAAGAUAAGAAUAUAGAAUUUGCUAGUAAGCACUUUAUAGUUUAUACAAUAAAGUCUUCCAAUGUUUUAGAAGUUGCUGAUAUAGAUGAUAGAAAAGUAAUCAUGUCGUUAAAAUUUUGUUAAUUUGCAAUUACAGAACGAGUUUAUCCUGGGAGGGUUUCAUGUAUCAUAAUUGUAGUUGAAACAAUAACUGAAAUUAUGGUUACGAUGAUACCAAAUUAAUAAACCUAGGUUUUGAAUAAAUUUGAGUGUAUCAAAAAAAAGGACAAGGGUAUUUAAACACAUUUAGCUUUAUCUGAAAGUGGUCAUUUUCUUGCAUUUAAUAAUAACUAAUAAAUAGCUAUUUAUUUAAUCACCGAGGAACUGAAACUAAUUUAGAUGUCGACAUUUUCUAUAGAUAUUGAAAUAUCAAAUUUGUACAUUCUAGAAACUGGUAAGAUUUUAAUUCGAAGUUAUGACUUCCUUUAUCAAUAUUCUUUAAAUCUUGAAAAAACAAGAAUCUUUUCUGAAAAUUGGAACAAUUAGGAUUAUUACAUCGCUGGAUUGAAUCACAAUGAGAAACUGUUAGCAAAAAUAUCUGAUAAAUUUAUUGAUUUUAUAUCUCUUUAAAACUACUAAAAUUUAGAACGAUUACAUGGUAGUUUAUUUACAACUUCUCUUGAUAAUAAGAACUUUGUUAUAUAUAAAGAUAAUCAAAUAAAAUGCUACAAUUGGGAAGAAUAAAUCAAAUUUUUAUAUAAAUUUAAUAUUCAGAAUAACAUAUAUAAUCUAACAAUUUUGAAAGAUCCAAAUUAAAUUUUAGCCGUUACUUCUAAUAAUCUCAAAAUAAUAAAUUGUAAAGAAAAUUAAACUAAGAAUAUUUAAGGUAGUUACUACCCUAAUGCUUAUGCGACAGCAGAUUAAUAAAUAGUUUAAAUUGAAAGAUCGACUAUUCGAAUAUCUUAAACAGAAUACAAUAUUAAAUUGUAUUAUCCAGAAAAUUUUGGAUAUAUGGCUACAAACCCAUUUUUUACCCAAGAUGGACAAUAUAUUGUCUAUUAAUAAAAUAACAAUGUUAUCUUCUAAAGUUUAUCCAAUCCUCGUUCAAAAUACAAUCCUGAAUAAUUCUAAAAAUUAACCCCGAUAUCAUUUUUAUCAGAAAGCAAUUAUUUGGUUACUCUAAAGAAAAAAUAAUGUCGAAUAACUAAUUGGGAUAUAUCAAUGUUAAAGGAUGAAUAUUACCUAAAAUUUUGGGAUGUAACAGUUUUAAGUAAUGUAAAAAGCCUUUUUAAGAUACCAAUCCUUAAGGAAUAAACAAAAAAAAUGUUUUAUCAACAAUCCUUUAUUUCACAAAUUGAAGGCAAUGUUUUGUGCAUGUAUGAUAUAAAAGAAUUUCAAAAAUAGGGUUAUGAUACUAACCUUUAUAAUUAAAUCGAAAAUGUUCAUUAUGCAGGUCUGUUUCCUGAAGAAAAAAAAUUUUAUUCUGUCUCAAAACUAGAUAAUUCAAUUACUAUAUAUAGUAUGAAAACCAGAGAAAAAAUGUCAUAAGAAUUUAAAGAUCAUUAAUCGGAAAUUUUAUAUAUUUCCCUUUCCCAAGAUGAAAAAUAUAUGAUUUCUAGAGACAUUAACACAAUCAUAGUAAGGAAUAUGUAAAAUGGUGAAAAAUAAAUAAUUAAACGUUCUUUCAAAAAUUAUUUAUAUAAAAAUGUUUACACACUAUAUAAAUGUGAUUUUGUAACCUUGGAUAACUCAAUGGGGAUUACAUGUUAGGAACAAGGUGAUUUGCAUAUAUAUGAUUUGAAAGAUUUUAAAAGUUAUGAGUUAUUUCAUACUUAGACUGUAAAUCUAAUAUUUCCAACAACUUUUACACAUAAAGUAUUUUCAAAUGGUACAAAAAUAGCCUUAUUCAAAUAAUAUAAUUCAAAAAUUGGUACCAAAAUCUUAAUUUUUGAUGUAAGAACAAAACAAGUGAUCAAUACUCUUAAUCUAUCAGCAGAGUAAAUCUUUUUAUAUUCAUAUGAUAGCGAUGAAUAUUAUGUACAAUAUCUUGAUAAAAGAUAUAAUGUUUAUUAAGUUUUCUCUAGAUAUUCUUAUAAAUAUUCGAAAGAUAAUAAUCUCUUGCAAAUAUAUAAAAAUCAUGAUUUAAUCAAGGAGGAUGCAAAACCUAUUUAUGAAGUUUUUAUUUAACUUCAUACGAAAUUAGAUAAUACUGAAUAAACCCUAAUUCAAAUAAAUUAUGUCGGUAGAAAAUAUCUAACCUAUUAUUUCAACUAAUAAUUAAGAGUAAUUGAUUUAAAACUCUAUUCAAAAUAAGUAAAACUCAUAAAGUUGGAUAAGUCAGAAAAAUUUCUUAAUUACUUUUCUAAAGACUAAGUUCUGUUUGAAAGUAAGAUAGAUCAAUAUACAACAUGGAAUAGUUACAGCUUAAUCGAUGGUUCGAAGAAGGAGUUGUUUAAUCACAAUUUAAAUGAAUUUAUUGCAGUAUUUUCAAAUAAUGGCCAAUAUUUAGCAUAAGGUUGGAAGGAUGGUUUAAUAAGAAUAUACAAAAUAAGUACUGAAAAAUAAAAUAUCGCUUGGUUAACCCAUAAGGCAAUUAAACAUCUUAUAUACACUAAGGAUGAUAAAAUACUUAUUUCAUGUUCUGAAAACAAUUUAGUAUAAUUUUGGGAUGUUUAAGAAGAGAAAAAAGAAAAAUUGAUACAAAGUAUUCAGAUUACCUAUGAUAUCUUAUCUAUAGUAGUAUCUCCUAAUAAAUUAGACGUUGCACUAGAAUUAAAGGGAAAUCUCUUGCUAAUAUUAACAUAUAAUAAAUCAAAUUCAAUUUAUGAGAAUUAAAAUUAAAAGUUUGUCGGUUGUUAUAAGACUUAUCCUUAAUUACAAUAAUUAAUGACAGAAAAUUGCAGGCUAGAAAAUUCCAUUAUUGAAGAUCAAAAGAAAUAAUCUUUGAUUCACCAUUUUGAUGGAAUAAUCUAAAAAGAAUACGAAUCAGUAACAAUUUAACAAGAUUAAAUUUGAAUUCUAAAUGAAUUAUUUGGAAAUAUGAUAUAUACAAAAUAAAUAAAUUUAUAUAAUAUAAUA